AUAUCUAGAGCACCACCUUCCAGCAUGUAUUAUUCUCCCGUCCCCGCACACGGUAGACCUCCAGGACAAGCACUCAGAGCUCAUACGGGUACAUUGGUGGGAGAUAGGAUUUGGUUCUUGGGAGGAGUUGAUGGGAAACAUUGCUGGAGAGGUGUGGCGUGGUUUGAUACGGAGACUUUUCAAUGGAGUAAUGUGCAGACAAAAGGGGAGACGAUGCCUCCUCUUCGAGCACAUACGACGACUUUGGUGGGUGAUACGACGUUGUAUAUCUUUGGAGGAGGAGAUGGACCUGUGUAUUCGAAUGAUGUUUGGAUAUUUGGUACUGCAACUCAUCGAUUUUCCCGACCUAAUGUCGUCACUCCUAAAGCAGCCUUACCUCCACCCCGCAGAGCACACACCACCGUCCUAUAUCGUAAUUACCUCGUCGUAUUCGGGGGUGGGAACGGUCAAGCAGCACUGAACGAUGUUUGGGCGUUGGACGUUUCGGAUCCUUCAAGGUUGAGUUGGCAAGAAUGGAGAACUAAAGGGGAUGUACCUCAGAAAAAGGGGUAUCACACUGCGAAUCUGGUAGGAGACAGGAUGAUUGUGGUUGGGGGAAGUGAUGGUCAUGCUAGUUUUGCCGAUGUGCAUAUACUCAAUCUUCAAACCCUUGUUUGGACAUUAGUACCAACUGAAAUCAAACAUAAUCGUCUUUCUCAUACAUCAACAGCAGUCGGUUCAUACCUUGUAUGUUGGGGAGGACACGAUGGUAAAUCGUAUGCUCAAGAUGUUCUUUUGUUGAAUUUAGUCACACUACAAUGGGAAUCCAAAGUCCCUAGAGGAUUAGCACCACCAGGAAGAGGUUAUCACGUUGCGUUACUUCACGACGCUAGGAUAUUCAUUUCAGGGGGGUAUAACGGUGUGGCUGUAUUUGAUGAUUUAUGGGUAUUGGAUUUGAGUGCUGGGGCGUAUUUACCUCAAGUGACAACGUUUCAAGUGGAAGAACGACCAGAUCGUCGGACCGAAAAUGGUUUCACUAGGAUUUAAUCUUUCAAAACCAUUAUUGGUUUCUCCACUAUCACUGUCUUACCCCCCAUUCUUUCACUGUCUUUCCAUUUUGUAUCACUAUUUUUUGUCUGAUACAGAUGAACCUAUCCUCUCUCUCUCUCUCUCUCUAUCACGUAUGCCUCCCAUGUCAACAUACUUAUCUCACGUAUGUCUCCCAGAGAUAGAGUUGUCAACAUACGACAAGUGAAACACAACACCAUCAACGAGAUGAAUCCGAUCCUAUAGCGAUAAAUCACGGAUAGACGGUGAUAAGUCGAAGGUUAAAACCACGCCAGAGUAAUGAAGCAGGGAAGGGAGAGAAACAUGUUCACAUUCAUUCUUGUCAGCCAAGAAAGAUGAAAAUACACGAUUAGAAUACACUAUGAUAUAAUUCACAGAAUCCAAAGGACAGUUACAUGUACCCCUCAAAAACAAGUCUUGAUUUCAUCUUGAGAAUUGACGACACGACUAUGACGCAUAACAUGAUGGUGUGGAUACAGUACAUGAUUUGUAGAUGGGGUAAGUAAAGUAGAUAUGCAUGCAUGAUGCUGGCGUC